AUGCCGCCCCGUAUCACGGCGGAUAAUGUCGCCUCCCUUUUCCCCGACGUCGACACAUCGCUCGCCCGCGAAGUCCUCCCCACCGCCAAUGGAAGUUCGGCGCAGGACUCCGCCGAUCUCGCUGGCUACGACGAGGAACAGGUGCGGCUGAUGGAGGAGGUGUGCAUUGUUCUGGACGAUGAUGACAAGCCUAUUGGAAGCGCCAGCAAGAAGACCUGCCAUCUGAUGACCAACAUCGACCGCGGUCUCCUCCACCGCGCCUUCUCCGUUUUCCUCUUCGAUUCCAACAAGCGCCUGCUUCUGCAACAGCGCGCCACCGAAAAGAUCACCUUCCCGGACAUGUGGACGAACACUUGCUGCUCGCACCCGCUGGGUGUGCCGGGCGAGACCGGCGCGGAGCUGGACGCCGCUGUGCUGGGCGUGAAGCGCGCCGCGCAGCGGAAACUGAACCACGAGCUGGGCAUCAAGCCGGAGCAGGUGCCCAUCGACAAGUUCGAGUUCUUCACGCGGAUCCACUACAAGGCCCCUAGCGAUGGCAAAUGGGGCGAACACGAGAUCGACUAUAUCCUCUUCAUCCAGGCCGAUGUCGAUCUCGACGUGAACCUCAACGAAGUCCGCGAUACGCGAUACGUGUCGGCCGACGAGCUGAAGCAGAUGUUCGAGCAGCCGGGCCUGAAGUUCACGCCUUGGUUCAAGCUCAUCUGCAACUCGAUGCUGUUCGAGUGGUGGAGCCAUCUGGGCACCCCUGCCCUGGAGAAGUACAAGGGCGAGACGGCCAUUCGCCGCAUGUAG